AUGGCUAGCACGAAAACCACGGAGAAUACCACUUCUAUGCACGACCUAAUGACUGACCCUGAAGACGCCAGACAGUCAAUUCCCGGUGACAAGCCAGACGAUGCCAGUCAUACCACAAAAUUGGUAGACGAUAGCCCCCCGGAUGGUGGCGUUGCUGCUUGGUUGGUUGUCCUGGGAGCGUGGUGUUGCUCCUUCUCCAGCCCGGGCUGGAUCAACAGCGUAGGCAGCUUCCAGCAGUAUUACGAGGCGGGGCCUCUGAAAUCCUACUCCAGUAGCACGAUUGCCUGGAUUCCGUCGCUCCAGCUGUUCUUCCUGUUCGCCUUGGGGCCUGUCGUCGGCAUAAUAUUCGACAACUACGGACCGAGGCCGCUCAUCAUUGGCGGGACGCUCCUUCAUGUCUUUGGGCUGAUGAUGGCGUCGUUGGCGAAGACAUACUAUCAGUUCAUCCUGUCACAGGGGGUGUGCAGUGCCAUCGGUGUUGCAUCCCCUUUCCUUGAUGAGUCUUCCAUGCUGACUGCCAAGGAAGCGCUUGCCUGCCUCUCAACCUGGUUUUCCAAGAAGCGCGGAGCAGCGAUGGGCAUCAUGGUGACAGGCUCAUCAGUCGGCGGCGUCAUCUUCCCCAUCAUGAUCAGUCGCAUGAUCCAGAGCACCGGGUAUCCCUGGGCCAUGAGGACGGCGGCCUUUCUCAUCCUCGGUCUGCAGAUAGUUGCAAUCCUCACUGUCCGCCCGAGAACCAAGCCUGUGCCCAAGAAGAUGCCCGCCGGCCGUUUCGCUGCACCCUUCGCGGAGCUCCCGUUUGUCCUGCUGCUGCUGGGCAUGUUCGUUCUGACCUUUGGCAUAUUCAUCCCCAUCGACUAUCUGGCUGUGCAGGGGUUUCAGGAGGCGCACAUGUCGGAGGAGAUGGCUCAAUACUUKGUGUCCAUCUUCAAUGCCGCAAGGUUGACUCUCCACCCCCGGUAG